CUCUCAUCAGUCUUCGUUCGUUAGAUCUCAUCACGCGAUUGGGUUUUUCGCGUUCUGGCAAGUAUCCUUUUCCUUCUGGAUUCUCGAUCCACUUCCUUUUGAUCGUGUUCUUGGCCUUCGAUUUGUGAUUCUUUUGGUUUCUGGAUUUUGUUUUCUGUUGAAUAUGCCAUCGGCUCAAGAUCCGUUUUAUGUUGUAAAAGAUGAGAUUCAAGAAUCUAUCGAUAAACUGCAAUCAAGUUUUCACCAAUGGGAAAGGAUAUCUUCCGAUCUAGGAGAGAGAGUACAACUCACAAAAGAGUUGCUCGCUGCCUGCGAGAGCAUUGAAUGGCAGGUGGAUGAACUGGACAAAGCUAUUGUUGUGGCAGCUAGAGAUCCUUCUUGGUAUGGCAUUGAUGAUGCAGAACUUGAAAGACGAAGGAGAUGGACGAGUACAGCUAGGACACAGGUUGGAAAUGUCAAGAAAGUAGUGGGAGCUGGAAAGGAGCAAGCUGGAACUGCUAGUUCUAAUGGGAUGCGUCGAGAAUUGAUGAGAUUACCAAAUCCGCACGAAACAGACAGAUCAAACUUAUAUACAGCCCACCAAGCGAAUGAUGACUUCAUCACAUCUGAAUCAGAUCGACAGCUGCUUCUCAUAAAGCGGCAGGACGAGGAGUUGGAUGAGUUGAGUGCAAGCGUGGAGAGAAUUGGAGGUGUUGGGCUUACAAUACAUGAAGAGCUCAAAUUGCAGGAUAAAAUUAUUGACGAUCUUGGAAAUGAAAUGGACAGUACAUCAAAUCGCCUCGAUUUUGUUCAGAAAAAAGUAGCUGUUGUCAUGAAGAAGGCCAGCGCCAAGGGCCAGCUAAUGAUGAUCUUGUUCUUGGUGGCUUUGUUCAUCAUCCUUUUUGUGUUGGUGUUCCUCACCUAGUCUUUGAAUCAAAAUGAGACCCUUGCCAUUCACGAUGAUGGAUCAGAAAUGGAUAUGUUAAACCAGAAGAUGAGGUACUUUAUCCGCAUAUCGUCAAAACUAUCCCGAAAUUUUGAAUUGAGAACUACAUUGGGUUGAUCAGAAUUCAGAACCGAGCUUCUGAAUUACAAAAUGCAAUGUGAAACUCAUUUGCACUUGCUCCUUAUCCUUGUUUUAUAGUUUUUUUUUUUUCCUUUUCUUAUUAUUAUUGUUUUUUUUAUAGUUCGUUUACCUUAAUUUCGUGUAAUUAUAGAGAUCUACACAGAUUAUGAUAAUUUGAACAAUCACUAUUUCUAUUGCCUUUUCGUCA